CUAGUGUUUGAUGAAUCUGCCCCAAUCUUUUGAUCAUAUUCAUCUUUUGAGCAUAUUCAUGGGACACUUGAAGUGUUUCUGCUGCCAAAUAACCCAAAAGAGCAUCAUCUGUUUUGUCUGAAAGUAAAUCCUCAACUUGAGCUAUAUAAAGAUGUGAAGCAAUAACUUGCUAUAGAGUAAGAAUAGAACAUGGAUUUUAGCCUGCAUAACAAUACAGGCAGUUACUGAUAUUUGAUUUCUCUUAACAUAUAAGCUGUCAUAUUUACUGAAAUCUCAGCAGCAUCGGUAGAGGAGGCUAAAAAGCGAACGAAUAUAUGAAGAGAUCUGCUUUAGCCAUCUGCUGUGUUUCUUUACAAUUUCCUUCUUUUGGCUUCACCCGAGUUCAUCUCUCUCUUAUAUGAAUCAAAACAAAGCUCCCCGAUAGCCAUUGCAGGGUAUUCCACUACCCUGAUCAAGGUGAACAAAUAUGGGCUCCUUUCUUCUUCUCCUCAACCUUCUUUGCUUUACCUGUCUCAAUUUCACAUGGGCUGUGGAAGAGCACAAAACCUACAUCAUUCAUAUGGACCACUCAAAGAGACCAACCAGUUUCUCUACCCAUGAAGAGUGGCACCUCUCAACCCUGGCAUCACUCUCAUCAUCAUCGUCAUUGCCAUCAUCUGCGAUGGAGGAUAGGCUGCUUUACACUUAUACUCAUGCCAUGCAUGGAUUCAGUGCCAGGCUCACAUUCUCUGAGCUUGCAGAGCUUGAGAAUCACCCUGCUCAUGUUGCCUCAUACCCAGACUCGUACGGACAGCUCCUCACAACUUACACUCCCAAGUUCCUAGGACUGUCAAAAACUUCAGGCAUAUGGCCAGAAUCAUCAUAUGGCAGUGACAUAAUCAUUGGCAUACUAGAUACAGGAAUAUGGCCUGAGAGCAAGAGCUUCGAUGACCAUGGCUUGUCACCAGUUCCAGACCGAUGGAAAGGAAGGUGUGAGAAUCGAACUACAUUCAGCAUGUCACUCUGCAACCGGAAACUGAUUGGAGCUCGGUCUUUCAGCAAGGGACUGAGAGCAAGUGGACUACACAUCGAGGACUUUGAUUAUGACUCUCCAAGAGAUUUCGAUGGACAUGGCACCCAUACGUCAUCCACAGCAGCAGGAAACUACGUUCACAAUGUGGAGUACUUUGGCUAUGCUAAGGGCUCUGCAAAAGGAAUUGCCCCUGCUGCUCGUGUUGCUAUAUACAAGGUUGUCUGGUCUUCUGAUGAUGACAGCAGUGCUGCCACUGAUGUGCUUGCUGGAAUAGAUCAAGCUAUUGCUGAUGGGGUCGAUGUGAUGUCACUCUCUCUCGCAUUCAAACCAGCAUCACCUUACCAUGAGGAUGUUAUUGCCAUCGGUGCUCUCUCAGCAGUCAGAAGGGGGAUACUGGUCAGCUGCUCAGCAGGAAACAGUGGCUCAUCAUGGUACUCUGUCUUGAAUGGUGCACCUUGGAUCAUGACGGUUGGUGCAGGCACCACAGACCGAAGUUUUUCUGCCUCUUUAACUCUAGGAAAUGGUUUUAUGCUCCAUGGAACAUCUUACUUUCCUCUAAGUAUUUAUAUUGCUGAUCUGCCACUGUAUUAUGACAGAAGCAACAUCUCUAAGGCCUCCUGCUUGAACUCCUCUCUUGAGGUUAGCCAGGUUGCUGGAAAAGUUGUGCUCUGUGAUAUGAACAACCAGACUAAUAUCUUUAAUCAGAUUGAUGAAGUGAAUCGAGCUGGUGCUGCAGCGGGCAUCUUUGUAGGUCAUACCAUGUUGUUGGAACCAGACAGCUUAUACAUUCCUAGUCUGGUUGUGCAACCAUCGGAAGCUGAUCGAGUUAAACAGUAUGCUUCACAAACAAUUAAUGCUACUGUGAAAGAGAUGACUUUCCAGAUCACAAAGCACAAUGCAAAACCAGCACCUCAGGUAACGUAUUUCUCUUCAAGAGGGCCAAAUCCAAUUAGCCCAAUGGUACUUAAGCCUGAUGUUCUAGCUCCAGGGAAGGAUGUGCUUGCUGCUUGGGUACCACACAAUCCAACUGCAAAAUAUCGCUCAGACAAACUUGUUUCUACAUAUGCACUUGACUCAGGGACAUCAAUGUCAUCGCCCCAUGUAGCUGCAGUAGCUGCAUUGGUCCGAUCUGUGCACCAAGACUGGAGUGCAGCAGCCAUAAAGUCUGCUAUCAUGACUACAGCUCAAAUAUAUGACAACAGACAUGCAAUUAUCAGAAAUGAAGGGACAAGCCAACCUGCCACACCUCUUGACUUUGGAUCUGGUCAUGUUGACCCAAACCGAGCCAUGGACCCUGGGCUCAUAUAUGAUCUAGACUUUCAGGAUUAUGUCAACUUCAUAUGCACACUUAACUACACUACCAAGCAGAUGAUGGCAAUGCUGAGACUGCGCAAGUGGGAGUGCAAACUUGACAAGGGAGACCUGAACUACCCUUCGUUCAUUGCUGUCUUCAACAAAACAGAUGUACCAUCAUAUCCUAAAAAUAAGACCUUUAUCAGGGUGCUUACCAAUGUGGGGUUGCCAGAUGCAGUUUACAGUUCAGCAGUAGAUGUCCCAAAGGGAAUGAAGGUGAUCAUCACACCUUCUUCUCUUACCUUUAGUGAAAGGAACGAUAAGCAGAUUUUCAGGUUACAUUUAGAGGUUGAUGAAGAAGCUCUGUCGGCAGGGCAGAAGGGAACUCGAGUGGCUUAUGGGUACCUGAGGUGGACUGAUGAAAAAUCUGAACACAUUGUCUCGAGUCCUAUAGUAGCUAUUGUUCAUUAGGAAAAUGCUGCAAGUGUAUCUGGAAUUUAAUUGCUCAAUCGUCAAAAUAUGAUUACAAUCAUAAAGAGCUUCUAGCAGUAGCUGAUCAUUAACGCCCCAUACUCCACUUUCACCAAAUAGGCGAAGAUGAUUCUAUGGGAGAAAUUGUGCCCAUGCUAAAUAGCAAAUGCAAGUCCAUAUAGGUAACCGGAUGAUUAUCUUGGAUUUGACAGCUGCACAUAAAGAACUCGUGUGCAUUGAUGGAUCAUCAAAUUGUCAAGCACUCAAAUGAACAUGAUAUUAAUGACAUUUUGAAACUUUCUUUAGAUAUCAGAUGCAACCUGGUCAAGAUGCCCUUACAUAUCCUGUUCAGCAUUGUUGCAUAUGCACUUGUUUUUGUUCAUUCAUCAAUAUUCUCCAGGAUAUCAGUAUUUCCACAACUUUAUCCUCAGAAACAUGCGGCUACAUCACUCUUGAAUGAUUCAUACUAUUGAUCAUCUUGGCUAAAUGUUCAACCUUUGUCCAACCAGCCGAAGUAUUAUUCUCCUUUCUUUUCAUGGACGUGCUCAAUAAGAUCAUUAGUGAUCAAGUUCAUCCUUUCUUUCAUGAGAGUGCAAUGGUAUAAAACAACUAUUGCAUGCUGUAGAACCGUCGAUCUUCAAAUGCUGUCAAUAAUAUUGAUAUAAAAUAUCUUCCAAAAGAACCAGACUCUCAUGUUCUUGAAAGAGUAGCUGGUCUUUUCCCUGCAAUAGCAAGUGAUCGACUCCAAUUGAUGUCCAAACAAACUAUGAAGUUAUACUAUCCACAGUUGGGGUACUUUUAUUUGGUGAACAUAUGUGCAGUAGCAUCCUUUCUGGCCUACACUACUGAUGCACACUGAUAAGAACAAAUGUGCAGUAUUAUCAUCUCUACUUUUGAACAAGGUCCUUAAAUAUGAGAUCACCCACACGAGUAAAGCUGCGUGUUCGGCAAGGCACUUGACGGCCUUUUGGGUACCCGGCCCGGGUGGUGAAAUAAGGCCUUGGGCUCACCCAAUAACUAGUCGUACCAGUCUAAUUAUAUAUAUAUAUAUUAUAAUUAGGUCGGCUGGGGCCGAGCCCAGGGUCACUGCUAUAGGUUCCUGGCUGGACCGAAUCCUCAUGGUUCACCCUACACGUGCACCAAAAUACUUACAAUGUCGUGCUAAAUGCCAUUUGGUCAACUAUCCAUGACAUAGAUUGACAAUUUUAUAUUCUACGUCUUUAUAUGGCUGAUAUCAAAGUGGAAAUAAGAUGUUCAUGAAUUCUUGUUAAAUAUCUAUUGGGCAUGAGAACGAAGAACACCUAUAUGUAUCAGAGCCUGAAGACAAUAAACAUAGAAUAGUUCAAGGAAAACACAUUCCUAGCAUAUCUCUCCAGGCAGCAGGUUGUCCAGACUCCAAAUAAACACUUGACAGCAGGAGAAGGAAAAAACAAAGCAUGGUAUGUUUGAGGUUAAAAAUCAAGCUACAAAAAUAAUACUUUAUCUCAAGAUGAGGCUUCGGCAUGAGCAAUAUACAGCACAUUUUGGAAAGGUCUAACAUGAAACACGUAGAAUUAUGUAAUCAUGUAGAUACUUGUAACAUCAAAGGACAACAAUGAAACUUUCAUCAUAAAAUUGUAGUACCUAUUGUCAAACGAUUAAAGUUAUAGAUUGUCAGUUUUCUAAUUAUAUCAUAUAUAAAAUCCUGCAUAUAUAAUCUGGAAUGCUGCACAUAAAAAAAAAUCAUAAAUAUUGUUCAAUUUAUUGGUUGCUCGAUCUUCUCGCAUGACUUCCACUUCCCGAA